CCCUCUUUAAACAGAUCUUGUUUGUGCCUCACACUGCAUUAUCACCCGAAUCCUGAAGUGGCAUUGCAUAGUCCAAAACCAACUGUGCAUGUGCAAAGCUUUGAUCAGAAGCGAUUGUGAUACUUGAGAUUACCGGCUUCAUUCUCUACCCGGCGUGUCGACACUUCAUCCGUCCAUCCAAAUUUGUUUUCAUCUGUGUCACCAUGAUCGCCUCAUGUGCAGCCCAGCUGCCCCUUCGGGCAAGUCGGCAGGCAUCUCAAAUUUUGCUACGGGAUACACGGAUUCCCAUCAGAUCUAAUGUGUUCCGGGCGGAGGCUCUUCAGAGAAGUGGACUCCACUGCAUGGCCACAACCCGGCCUUCCACAUUGAGCCAGUUGCCAACUGGCGGCCUGAAGAGCCAGGUUUGUCUCCGGACCACCACCCUCAUUCCACCAUCAUUCUUCGCCCAGCAAAGAUGGUCCGGGUCAAAAUCUCCAGAAGAAAACAAAGCCCCUGAAACAUCUGAGCCUCCUAAGAAAAAACCCAUUCUGGCGCGAAUCCCCCUCGCCAGCUCACACGAGAAUAUCUACACUGUCCCGAACAUUCUCACUUUUUCCCGGCUACUAGCGGCCCCCUUGGUUGGGUAUCUCCUGGUACACAACUACCACACUGCCGCGCUAUCCCUGUUCGCAUACGCAGGCAUCACCGAUCUCGUCGAUGGCUAUAUCGCCCGGCGUUAUAACCUCCAGACGGUGGUUGGAACCAUCAUCGAUCCUAUGGCUGAUAAGCUGCUGAUGACAAUUGGAGUCGCGUGUCUGGCUGUUAACGGGUCUCUCCCUGUUUGGUUGGCCGUGAUCAUCCUCGGUCGGGAUGUUGGUCUUGCGAUGUCCGCCAUCUACUACCGCUGGAUCUCUCUCCCUGAACCUAAGACCAUGGCCCGGUAUUGGGAUUUCUCGCUCCCCUCGGCUGAGGUCAAGCCUACUGAGAUCUCAAAGAUCAAUACUGCUCUGCAGCUGGUGCUGGUUGGUAGCGCGAUCGCACUGCCUGUAGUUCCCGAGGCGUUUGUUAGUGCUUGGCAUUUGAGCGAGGCCAUGACUGGAUUCCAGUACCUGGUCGCGGGCACCACCCUCUGGUCAGGUCUCAGCUACGUCUUUUCCAACAACGCGGUGAAGAUCCUUUCCAAAGAAGAGAUCCAGAAGCGCAUCGCCCAAGCCGCGGCCAAGCGCAAGCCUUAAUUUGGAUAUAGCAUUUAACCUGAAAGAGUUAGAAGUGUAUAGUACUAAAUCCUGUAACAGGGAUAUCGCAUAUGAAACAUCAGAAUAAGCCCAACACCACCCUCGGUUAAAAAUUUGUUCUGUAUG